AUGCCCCCACCACAAGAGCAAGAGGGCGUUCAUUACCUCACCAAAUUGAAAAGUAACCAACCUGACCGAUUUCAAUAUCGGGCAGCGCCCCAAAGUUAUGAUGGAGAAUCUCUUGAGGAAAGUUCCACUGCCAAAAGAUUGGAACAAUUUUUUAGCACUAAGGAAAACAAGGCUGGCCUCACCCGCUUCCUCUCUCAAGAAAUGUUCCAUCAUAACUUUGGGGCGUUUGAAGUUGUUGUAUCUGGAGAUCUUGCACAUGAAGAAGAUGUGAGAUCAACCAACCUCGAAACUGACGUCUGUACUCUAUCUGCGACCAUGAAGUGGCCGACAAACUCGUUGUACUCGUUGUCCACUCCAAUGCCGACAACAUCGUUGUCAUGGCAGGACUUGCCAGAGAACCAAGACAUUGGUGAGAAAGAGAGAUGGUUUGAAAAGGAUAUCAGUAAGAUGAAAGGCACUGUGUUGAUGCCAGUUCCAAGCAGCUACAAUGAACUUACUACAUCAUCAUCAGUUCGAGAUCAUGUUGAUAUUUUAUUGGAGAGUAGGUUUGAAGAAAACAUUGUUUCCCUUCACUUUGUAAUAUUCUGGAAGGGAAGUUCCUCCAAGGAAAUGAUCUGUGUAAGCGCAACAGUCAAAGAUAAAGACAAUGGAACAGCUGGGACUGACUCACAAAUUAUCAACGGAGACAUGAAAAAUAUCUCUGGGACGGUAAAAAUGAACAAUCCUAGGCUUUGGUGGCCUUACCUUAUGAACUCCACUCCAGGAUAUUUGUAUACAAUAGAGUUGACAGUGGAAUCAUUAAAUAACACAGAAAUUAAAGAUGUUUAUAGACAACCUUUUGGAUUCAGGAAGUUAGUCUGGGACCACAGAUCGAUUUACAUUAAUGAUAAGCCAAUAUAUAUUAGAGGAAUUAAUAAACACGAAGACUCCGACAUUCGAGGACGAGGUGUAGACCUGCCUACAUCAUUAAGGGAUCACAACCUUAUGAAAUGGCUGGGAGUAAACACAUACAGAACUUCUCACUGUCCUCACUCGGAGGAAGCUAUGGACUUGGCUGAACAAAUGGGAUUUAUGGUGAUUAAUGAGGUUCCAAGUAUAAACACUCAUAACUUCACACAAGAAUUACUUAUCAAACACAGGAUAGCUCUUGCGGAAUUGAUUAAUCGGGAUAAGAACAGGGCUAGUGUCAUAAUGUGGUCUGUAGCAAGUGAGCCAGAAACAAACUCAACUGAAUCUGGAGUUUACUUUGGAGCAGUGGUUGCUUUCACAAGAGAGAAAGAUAAAACAAGACCGAUCACGGCCAUUACCAACCGUUGGCCGACUGUUGACAAUGCGACCCAAUGGCUGGACAUAAUCUGUUUCAACCGGUUCAACGGUUAUUACAAAGAACCGGGUCAAUUAGAGAUGAUCCAGGGAGCUGUGCUAAAUGAAAGCAUCAUAUGGUAUGACUGGCACAAAAAGCCGGUGAUCAUGUCAGAAUAUGGCACUGAGACGUACGAAGGGCUUCACAGUCUGCCAGAGCAUCUGUGGACGGAAGAGUUCCAAAGCAAACUUCUCUCUGAACAUUUCAAGGCAUUCGAUAAACUGAGGGAAAAAGGAUGGUUCAUUGGAGAAAUGAUCUAUAGCUUUACAGAUACAAAAUCGGACGAAUCAAUCAAACGAGUGGGAAGUCAGCAAAGAAAAGGAAUCUUUACUCGACAAAGACAACCAAAGUCAUCUGCAUAUUUUGUUCGAAAACGAAACUUCAAGCUAGCAGCUGAAAUGAAUGAGUCAUCUAUUUCCAAAGAGUUGGAGCUUUACUAUUGA